GGGGCAUCAUGUGACUUUGGCGUAAACAGGAAGCAGCUGAUCUUGACUUCACUACUACCUGCUUCCAUUAAAUCAUGUGGACAACUGUACUCUUAAAGACAAAUAAAAACUGGUAGUAGGAAAUUGCUUGCAUUUGAGUAACCGCUCUUCCCCGUUUGGCCGAAGGAGAGCAGAAGUAGAGCUGCCGAAAACUCCGAAUUAAGUCAUCCGACUUGCAGCUCAGAGAAAUACUCCACUUCGUGUCUGCCGAGGGGGAUGUCCAGCACAGCCAUGAAGAAAAAGGUGUUACUGAUGGGAAAAAGUGGGUCUGGGAAGACCAGUAUGAGAUCGAUCAUCUUUGCUAAUUACAUAGCUCGAGACACACGCCGCCUCGGAGCUACAAUUGACGUGGAGCACUCCCAUGUUCGCUUUCUUGGCAAUCUGGUUCUAAACCUGUGGGACUGUGGAGGACAGGACACGUUCAUGGAGAACUACUUUACCAGCCAGAGGGACAACAUUUUUAGAAAUGUGGAGGUGCUUAUUUAUAUAUUUGAUGUGGAGAGCCGCGAGCUGGAGAAAGACAUGCACUACUACCAGUCGUGUCUGGAGGCCAUUCUGCAGAACUCCCCCGACGCCAAAGUCUUCUGCCUCGUUCACAAAAUGGAUCUGGUGCAAGAAGACCAGAGAGAUUUGAUCUUUAAGGAGCGUGAAGAAGAUCUGAAGAGACUGUCUAGACCUCUGGCUUGCACCUGCUUCAGGACCUCCAUCUGGGACGAGACCCUGUAUAAGGCCUGGUCCAGCAUUGUGUACCAGCUCAUCCCCAACGUCCAGCAGCUGGAAACGAACCUGAGAAAUUUUGCGCAGAUCAUAGAAGCAGAUGAAGUUCUCCUGUUUGAGAGAGCCACCUUCCUGGUGAUCUCCCACUAUCAGUGCAAAGAGCAGCGCGAUGCUCACCGGUUUGAGAAGAUCAGUAACAUUAUCAAACAGUUCAAACUCAGCUGUAGUAAACUCGCAGCCUCAUUCCAAAGCAUGGAAGUGAGGAACUCCAACUUUGCGGCCUUCAUCGACGUCUUCACCUCGAACACAUAUGUGAUGGUCAUCAUGUCGGACCCCUCCAUUCCAUCUGCAGCCACUCUCAUCAAUAUCCGUAAUGCUAGGAAACACUUUGAGAAGUUGGAGCGAGUGGACGGACCCAAGCACAGCUUGCACAUGCGGAUGCGCUAGCGCCGCUGUCCCCGUGGAAACCAUCAGCCAAUCAGUCCACAGACCACAGGCCGGCAUGUUGCGGUCUUCCAGCUACGACACAUACGAGCAGCCCUGCACUGUCUCCUCUUUAUCUUCUUUUUCAAUCACGGCGAUUACCGGAGAAAUACGGUUUUCUUUGGUCUAAUUUCUACAGUGAUUAUAAAUAUCUUCGACGCACACUGUUUGUAUAAUUGCCCCAUAGCUCGAAACAGUAAAGUAAAAUGCUUCGAUGUGUUUACUCUGAGGGGGGCCUACUUCUGCUGUCACACUUUGUCUGAUAAAGUAGAGUUAUUCACUCCGUGCCCAGUGAAUCCCAGUGAUCGGGAGAAGUUCUCGACAAAUGAUAAGCAGCACAUAUUGUUUUGAUUUUCAAAUGCAGUUUGUAAGCUGUUAAACUUUAGUAAACAAUAUUGUUCUAUUCAGAAAAA